AUGAGCCGGAAGUCUCUUUUACAACGAUUCCGAAGGCUCGAUGCAUACGCAAAACCAUUGGACGAUAUACGCAUUCGUACAGCGAGUGGUGCUUAUGUAUCGUUGAUGAGUGGCAUCGUUAUCUUUAUUCUAUUCCUAUACGAAGUAUCACGCUAUUUGACACCCGAGAUGCAACCAGAGAUUGUCGUCGAUAGUGGCAAAAUGACCGACCUGCCUAUAUCCUUCAACAUUACAUUUCCACACUUGCCGUGUUACUUUUUGAGCUUGGAUGUGAUGGAUGAAAGCGGCGACCACGUUACCGAUUAUGAUCAUGAUGUGUUCAAAGUACGAUUGGAUGCUGAGGGCAACGAGAUUCAUCGUGAAAAGGCAACAGAAUUGAGCAACAAGUUGGAUCCAACCAAGAUGGCCGUGGAUACAGAGGCAAAUGACUAUUGUGGUCCAUGCUAUGGCGCUAAUCCCAAAGGCGAGGCCAAUCCAUGCUGCAACACAUGCGAUGAUGUACGACGAGCCUAUUCUGAUAUGGGAUGGAAGUUACCGGAUGAAAGUGACCUUGAGCAAUGCGUCAACGAACACGUGACUUCGCAACAACAAGAAGGAUGCAACAUGCAUGGUCAAUUGAAAGUGAGGAGAGUGCGUGGCAAUUUCCAUUUCUCGCCUGGCAAAUCAUUCGUGUAUGGUGGCGCUCAUAUCCACGACGUUCGCACUUAUCUUUCCUCGCAUCACGACUUUUCGCAUAUCAUUCACUCGUUACAAUUUGGCGAGCAAAAGGAGUUGGCAGCUUACAAACAAAAGAGGACCAAGAUGACUGAUCUUAUCAAUCCAUUGGAUGGUAGCAAGUGGGGAAAUGCUCAAUCAAGUAUCAUGUAUCAAUACUUUUUGAAGAUUGUGCCGGCAGAGAUCAAUUAUCUUAGUGGUAAAUCGAUCCAUACCUAUCAGUACUCAGUCAGCCGACAGGAACGUGAUUUACAAAUGCAAGCCAACAAUGGAUUACCAGGCGUUUUCAUCAACAUGGACUUUUCUCCAAUGCUGGUCAUCUACUCGGAGACACGUCCCACUUUUGCAAGCUUCCUCACAGGUGUCUGUGCCAUUGUAGGAGGGAUUUUCACGGUAGCUAGUUUGAUUGAUGGGAUCAUUUAUCGGACGUCACUUCAUCGAAAGCGACAAAUGGGUAAAGCUAUGUAG